AUGACAAUAACUGGCUCGGUUGAAGUGGUAGAAAUUGGCUCGGAUGGUCGUGUCGAAAUGGUUGAGGUGAUCGAAGUGUUGGAUGAUCGGGUCGAAGCGCUAGUUGAUGUUUUUCAAGAACAUAUACUUAGU